AAUUACCUACAGGAACAGCGGGGAGAGCUGCUCUUCUGCAUUGCUAAGACACACAGGACAUUUCUUUGCUGUUAAAACAUUCCUCCUUUCUUCCAAGAUAAUCCCUGCUUUUGCUGCACGUUUCUUUCUCAAGCAGUAACAGACAUAUGCAGAUCUUGCACAGCCAAACGGAAGAGAUAUAACCUUUUUUAGGCUGGCCCCAGAAGACCCAGAUUCUGAUUAAUUCUCAUCUUUUUGGACAAACAUUUUGGGGUUCAGGAUGAAUAAGACAAGAGCUGUUAAUGAUGGUUUUCCUUUCCUGAACAGUAAGAACUGGAGCUCAAAUCGAAGCUUCUCCACGCACAUUUCUAACCAGUGCAGGAACAUCACUGACCUUACUGUCUUUCUGGCCACCUCUUACAGCUUGGAGACUGUCCUAGGUAUCGUGGGGAACAUCUGUCUAAUUGCUGUCAUCGCCAGGCAGAAGGAAAAGACCAACGUCACCAACAUCUUAAUUUCCAAUUUAAUCAUUUCAGAUUUGUUUAUGUGUCUGGUCUGUCUGCCUUUCACCGUCGUUUACACCAUGAUGGACUACUGGAUAUUUGGGGAAGUCAUGUGCAAAAUGACCUCUUUCACCCAAUGCACAUCUGUGACAGUGUCAAUUCUUUCCCUCGUCCUUAUCGCUCUGGAAAGACACCAGCUCAUCAUAAACCCAACUGGCUGGAGGCCAAGUAUCUCCCAAGCUUAUCUUGGAAUUGGAGUAAUUUGGAUUUUAGCGUGUCUCAUGUCCCUGCCCUUUUUGACCACGUCCAUCUUGUCUAAUGAUUUGUAUGAGCAGCUCUCACACAUCAUGAAUUUCUCCACUGACAAGGCCAUAUGCAUCGAUUCCUGGCCUUCUGAGCAACACAGACUUAUCUACACCACCACUUUGCUGCUCUUGCAGUAUUGCAUCCCACUGUUCUUCAUUAUACUUUGCUACCUACGUAUCUACUUGCGUCUACAGAAGAGAAAGGACAUGUUUGAGAAGAGCGAAUACAGCAACCGAGCGGUUCAGCUGAGGAGGAUAAAUAUUUUGUUAGCAUCAAUGGUUGCUGCUUUUGCUGUGUGCUGGCUUCCCCUGCAUGUUUUCAACACUAUCGUGGACUGGAAUUACAAAAUCAUUUCACCUUGCCACCACAACCUGAUAUUCUCAUUGUGCCACCUGGUAGCCAUGGCUUCCACCUGUGUCAACCCUGUUAUCUACGGUUUCCUCAACAGCAACUUCAAAAAGGAGGUGAAGUCGCUGAUCCUGAGCUGCCAGCAUAAUUCAGUAACUGCAUCCAUGGAGGAGUACGACCAUCUGCCUUUAUCCACCAUGCAGACUGAAAUCUCCAAGGGCUCACUGGUGUUGAACUGCAGACAUAAUUCAAUCUAGUGAGCAGAAGACACUUCAGAGGGGUGCACCGACACCACACACCAGCUCUUACCUGCUGAUGCCACAGCUGGGAUGUCAACAGGAACCCAUUACUGCCUGAUUUUUGGAAGAACAGGCAAAGAAAGGUCGUAAACGCAUACGGUAGCUCCUCUGGUGCACAAGGGGUUCGUGCCAUUGAGAUGGUGGAGCCGUUGAGGAGACUGGGUUGAUGCACCCACGGCUGAUCAGUAAUGGAGCUGUGGCUGGACACAGACUGACACGGGGUUCCUCAGCUGAGCUCACACAGCUGUGGGAGAAACCCAGAGCUCUGGUUUCAGCACUGGAGGCUGCCAAAAGCUGCACUAGAGAAGACUCUUCCAGUUUUUUCAGUAUUAGUAAGACUUUUUACGCACGGCUGACACACCAGUGGAACAGCUAUGUAAAUAUAUAAAUUUUUUGUGCUUUAAUCAACUCUCACACCCCUUUAGGCAGCUGUAAACUUUCAGCAGAUCUAGUUCACGUCAAGCAACUGGAUGCUUGUAUGAAACUUGUGUCAUACAGGCUUGUGAAGAGCCGUUGCCUCUGCGAGCGGGGACACAGAACUACGGCCCCAGUAUGUAAAGAAAACAGUUACACACUGAGGGAUGGUGGCAAACGAAAGUGGAUUAAACUCUUAAAACACAUUGAGAUCACACUCAGUGCUAUUUUUAAGCAAAUGAAAAACAGUUGUAAAUCUACAGGGAAACUAGCCUGAUGUUUUAAUUCCUGCUGCGGUCAGUCACAAGGCUCUGCAAGGCUAAAACUGUGUGCCAUGGUGGCACAAGGAGGCUGGGUUGCUGGAGUUGUUCAAGGUCUUGGCAGCAAGAUGUCACUUCUGCUUCAGCAGCUUCUGGGUACUUUAACCACAAGGCAUCUCAUUCAGAACAGGCAUGAAAACAUGUUUGUAGAAACGGUGUCAGAAGGGGUACACUCCCAAAGGAAUAAGCACACGCACGGAGGCUUCCAGUUUCCCAUUAAAAUAAAACCAAAUGUCAGAUACCAGUGCCACUCACUGGCAUCAGUCACAGAGGCAAAGCUGAAGUUCCAUCUAGUCAGGAGAAGGCCAAAGAAAAUACACAACUGGCAUCCAGUUCGGGUAGAGACACAUACCUUGAAGCCAAACUACAUGUAAAUACGUAGUAUUGUCAAUUGCUGUACUAAAGUGAGGGUCACGCUUUUUCACGUCUGUAGUAUUUUUAAUCUUUGUCCACGAAACCUACAAACCAUAAACUCAUUUUAACCUCUGGAGCUGGAGACAUUGCUCAGUGACUGAGAAACCAAGAAGCAAGCACAUCCGAGCAGCCCAUACUGAGGAAAGAAUUAAAAACCCAGUAAGGCAGCAAGCGUAAAAAGUAGCUCAACCAGGUCAAUGCUAAAGAAAUAUGGAAGCAUAUUCUGAUCGGAGUUGUUAAAUUAACUUUAGCAGAAGAGUGUACUAGGUAACCACCCGAGGUAACUUCCAACUGGAAUGAUGCCAUGAUAAGCAUGGAGACGAUGAGUUUGCAUUGAGUUAAAGCUAUCCAAUGUAUGGUUAUGCAGAGCUGGAAAACCCUUAGCUGGAAGCCCUCUGAUUAGACAGAUUGGUAAAUAAUUAGGUGAGGAAAAGAUUCUUCCCAUGCUGUGGUCUGACAAUAUGGGUAUUGGACAGAGUACCUGAAGGCAAGAGCUACCAACAGGUAUGAGAUCAUCCCCUCAGCUGGCAGAAGCAGGAGUUAAUCCCUUGCCAUGGGCUGGGGGCACAGAAAUCAGUGGCAAAGCUUCAAGUUUGGACUUGAAUUCUUGUGUGUGGAGCCUUAAGGCAGAAGGCACUUUUGUGCAGCCACCCUUCUGCUCCUGGGCAGAGCCUGCGUAUCUCAGUAAGACACUUCACCUGAGAUUACCUUUUGUAUCUUCCUCAAUUAUCUGACAAGACAUUUUUUGCUUCUGUCAAGUGGACUUCUACUUUCUUUUUUUAUUUUGUUACUUGCCACAGCGUGAUGAGAAAUUGUUUCUCUUCAUUUGUGUGUAUGCCAUUUCUAGACUGGACAUUGAGUCUACUAGAGACACAGAACAAGAGGACUCCUGUUUUACCUUAUCUGCAGUGUGGAAUUCCCUACUGUAACUGAAACAACCACGCGAUGCUGAGUAGUACAAAAUACAGUGACUCCUCCUCAUCAACUCAAUUGAUAGCAAAACUGUGUCGUAUUGUUAGGAGGUUUAAAUACUGCUUACACUUCGUAGUGUUUUUUGUAUUUAGGAUCAAUGUUGUCCAAGUAGCCUUGAGGAAUUCUGCCUGUUCCCUGCAUUUGUUAUAAUUCCAACAUUUAAUUAAGAUGCAUGCCAAGCUAUUGUGAGACUACUCUGCUACACAUGAACAUAGAAGAUUAUCUGAUUUAUGAUCUUAAGUAUACAAAGUCUCAAGCACCAGUGUCUUAAAUGGAAUCACAAUUACCUUUAGAAUUUGUACUUCCAUUGUCGCUUUUUGAUAGAAACCUUAGAGUAUGUCAGGAACCUCCACUAGGGCUGGGCAUUUGCGCUGAGCAUUGGGUCCCAAUUCUUCCUGCAAAGGGUAGAAAUAUUAGUGAAAUACAGUUAAUUCUUAGUGUAACUGUAAUUCACGUGGCCAUUUGUGUCUGUGAUCACAAGUAAAUGUACGAAGCGAGCAGAUCCCAACUGUACCCUAACCCAGACCCACACAAAGAGAUGUAUCUUCCUCUCGUGAUUAAGGGAAGUGUCAAGUUUGGAGUCAAGUACUGUUUAUUGCGAACAGGACUUUGAACUGGAUGAACUAAAGGAUUUGAACACUAAAAGCCCCCAAACCGCCCCCAUACCUCUUAACUGCAAAACUGCAGAUCCUCAGAACUCCCCACCAGCUGCUGCCUGUCCAGCGACUCACAUUCCAUCCUGAGGGUACGCGUUUUGCAACCUCUGAAAUUCCCCAGGUAACUAAAUAAACAUUAGAGUAAACCCAGGAAAAAAAAAAAAAAUCUAAAUUCCAAAAGACUAAAUAUCUAUGCCAUGUGUAAACCCUGUUUUUAUUUCCACAGUAGGCAUCCUUGCCCAAAGCAGGACACAUCCUGCUGUCACAAAGAGCUGUCAGAGGGAAGUUGCCUUUGUCACCACUUCUCUCUGUGUGGACAUCAAGGCUCACGCAGCUGGGCAGAAAUGCAGUAGAGGACAUCAUGCUGCCUGUUUUUUAAGCACUGCUCUAGCAAUUGUUCCCUUUGAAGGCAAAGGCACAAGGCUGGAUGCAAUUAUGGUCAAAAGAGCCCUUUUAUUUGUCACUUUGAGGCUUUAAUGCAACCAAGAGGGGGCUGUGGCUCUUCAGUCCCAGCAGAGGGUAACAGAACAGAAACAGCUCACAUGUGUCUUACCCUUUCGUAAAUAACAAAAAAGGUUCACACCUAAGAAGGAUCAAGCAUUUUGGUGUUCAUUGUGUACAGUGAUGCUUUCGAGUAUGCUCUUUACAAAGCCAUGUAACAUGCAGGAUUUGUGUAAAUAAUGAAUUCAUACAAUUCUAAGACCUUAUCCUGACUAUUUUUUUUCUUUAAUAUCUUUUUAUAAAUCUCACCUCUUGUGACGUGUUGUAAGAUGACAGUAGGGUUUAUAGAGCAGGAAAACACCUUAUUGCUGUGGUAUAAGUGGCAUCCUGUGAGGAGUUUAAUAAAAAUAAUAUCACCUGUGUUGCUUCACUCUGCGCCUGCUUAUGUGAAGUGCAUAAUGCUAUUCACAGUAUAAAGCACAUAAAAUUUAGUUCUCAACUAGUGUUUAUGAAGAGAAAACAAGUUAUCCUGUACUAUAAGAGCCAUUGAUAUAUGAAGGAUGAAUGGCUUCAGGCAUUAGUCCUAAGGAUGAUGGUGCAGCACAGGCAGCUGAGGAGGAGAGGGAAGGUGAAGUACCAAAAAUUCAGUGUAAAGCAUCCAAAUAUUUUGAUGCCAAGAUUCAGCUCACCUUCACAGACUUCCCUGAUUGCACAGGAAACUGAUGUUUCAUUACAGGCCAUUCUCUCCAAAAUUUCUAAUUCAUGAAACACUGGCAUGAUUUUCAGGCCAGUAUGGAUUUCCAUGGAAAUUGUUGCUGCUUAGCACCACGGCUCGUCUGGGUUUAUAUUUUAUGAGCAUCCACAUAGCUUUUAAGACCUUCCCUCACUUGCUCAGUGUGCUUUACAGAGGCACUUUUUGAAACUCAAGAAGUCGUAAGUAGAAUAAGCCUGAGAUUUAUACUUUUGUAUAACCUUUUUCCU